AUGGAAGAGCUUGAGGAGACAAGCAGGCUCGUAUUCCACGGCACGGCUCACGUGGUAACGACGUCGGUGAUUGCCGCCGCCGCCGCGGCGGGGUCUACGCUACGCGUGGAGGUCGAGACGGAGGAUGGGAAGUCCAGGUGGUGCGGGGAGUUCCCUGCAAGAUACGUGGAAGGCAUCACGCAGAAGACAGGGAGCGCGAAGAGGUUUCCGGUGUUCGUGAAGAUGUUGCUCGCCGCCCUGGGUCACGACAGCAGCAGCAGCAGCGGCAGCGUUUUCGUCGACCUCCUCACCUACGCGGACCUCGAGCUGCUGAAGGCAAGGCGGGUCGGAAGCGGUAACAACAAUCAGCAGCAGGCGGCAGGGGUGAGCGGAAGCGAGGGGGGCGCUAACAGGGCAACGGCCACCACCGGCACUACCAGCGGCGGCGGCGGCGGCGGCAGCGGUGCUAACAAUAAGCGAUACCUGAUCCUGACGUACGCUGCGGAGUACGACCGCGUCCACUACCCCCUGCCCCUAGCCUUCGUAGACUCGCCCCAGAGACAGCAGCUGGAGAGGACCAUCGAUAGGCUGAGGGAGGAGCUGUCGAGGCGUUCUUUGGAGACGGCGACGCCUGCGAGAAAUGGGAGCAAGAACGAUCGAGCGGCAGAGGCGCAAUUGGUGGCCGGCGGCUCGAGGAGGCGUUGUCGUUGGCCAGACGGGGCGGGGGAGAGGAGAGCGAGGAAGGACUUCUCGGCGGGGGGGCAUCGGGGGGGCCGAAGCUCAGGAGGCUGCGACGAGCAUACGAGGAGUUGCAGGCGAGAGGAGGAAGAAGCGUCUCAACUGGACGAUCUGAGGGAUGCCCACGAAAGGCUGAGGCUGGAAUCUACGUCGGAGAUCCGUAAACUAAGGAGAGAGGCGAGGGAAGGGGCGAAGACGGUGGAGAUGGCUGCUAGCACCGCCGGCCAGGCCGAGGAUCAGGUGGCUUCCCUGCAAGAAGAGUUGGAAGUGUGCGAGCGGGCGCUUGCCCAGGCCCGGGACAAGCACCGCAGAGAGGUGGACGGACUGGACAAAGAGCUCGAGAAGGAGAGAGUAAGAGGCAGGGCCAUGCGCGCCAAGAUCCGAGAACUCUCCGCUCUUCGCGGUGGUGGCGCUGCGGCCGGCCCUAGGUCUUACAGCCACCAGCAGCAGCAGCAGGCGAGGAGGUUAUCCUCCCCGUUCGGAGGAGGGGGGGGCACAACGGCUGGGACCAGACGCGGCGGCGGAACCACCAGUGGCGGUUACGCUUCGUCGUCGGUUAAUCGCUCGCGGAGUGCCGGUUCGAGCCGCCGCCGCCGUCUGGCGGAAAGCUCCAGCACCACCAGGAGCAUACACACACAUGCGCGCACACGCUAG